CUAUUGAGGGCACUUCACAGCUAUCUGAAGCGGAUAGAUAAUAUAUUAGUCAAUUAGCGACCGUGUGAUGUGUGAAUAAAUUUUUUUUAACCAAACAAAUUAAUCAGAACAACAAUAUAGUGGGAAGAGAAUGUUGUGUUAUUUACAAUGAUAUAUAUUUUUUUUUGCUUGGAAAAUAUUCCACGGCACAGUUUAAUGUUACACCAAAUUAGGUUUGCCGAUAAAGUGUUAUCGUCAACCAUUCCUUCACUACGAUUAAACGAUUUAUACAGGUGUGACGCUUGCGCUCACAGCUGAUAAAUUUUAUAAUAGCCAUGUGAAACAGUUACGUGCGUUGUGGCCUAAAUAAAGGCUGUAUCUGUUGUAGUUCUCGUGAUUAAUCUAAGUGAGUUAAUAUGGAUAGAUUGAAGCAGAGAAUAAAAAAAGAUAAACAAGUGAAAAGUACUCCCAAAGAAAAAUAUGUGUUCAUAACGGAUGUUAAAGGCAUUAAAGAGAAUCUUAAAAUCAAAGAGAUACUUAGAACUGUCAAAAUGAACAGCAGCAUGAGGCUGAAAGGACCACCGGGAAGUAAAAUUAUGUCGAACAAGGAUUUUAAUGACGAUGAUUGUUCUGAAGAGCUACAAAGAAACGAUAAGGCAAACGAACCAUUCAGCGCUUCUAAUCCAGAUGUCGUAGUUUCUGAAUUAGAAAAAAACAAUGACAGUGAGGAAUCAGACGAUUGUUUAAUAAAAGAAUCUGAGCUCGAUGCUGAAGAGGACGAUUUAGAAAAAGAAAAUGGAGAGGUUACUUUAGUACAAGACAGUAAUGAGGAUAAGUUGCCAGAUCCCAUAUCUAAAGAACACAAGCGAGAUGAUGUUGACAUAAAUAAUGAAAAUGGCAAUGUGUUUGAUAACCACUUAUAUACAAAACCAAAAAUUAGACCUGAAAAAUUAUUGGAUAGAAAAUUAUCUCUAGAUCAGUCCAUAUUAUCUCGACGGCAAGGUUUCUCGCAGUCCGAGUUAGAUUUGCAUUCACUCGGCAAAUCGCCACUAGAACGAAAAGUUUCGUUCUUUCGCAAGAAAAUGGACAGUUUUGUUAGAAACACUACAGAAAUGUUCAAGAGACAAAACGAAUCUUUAAAACGUAAGGGCUCUAUGUCAAUGUCCCUUCAAUCUCUUAAUGAAAAAUCACACGUGCCCAGCAUCAACAGUGAAGGAUCCGAACCAAAAGUCGAACAGGACGCAUUGAGCGCGAGUAUGAGCCUUCAGACCGUAUCCUCGAUGGGUCGUAGUAAUUCCAGUAUCUCAAUGAGACAGAGUGUUCUAUCAUGCGAUACUUCGGAACAUAGCUUUGCAGGAAGCCAGCCCGCCCUCCACGCCCUCUCCAACUCAACCCUCGAAGACUUGCAUUCUAACAGUGUACAUAGUUUGAACGAAGCCUAUCUAAAAGAAGCCAUGCUAAAUUCUCGGGCUAUUUCGAUGAGUUCAGGGUUGGAUUUGCCACUUGGCCGGAGCCGUACAAAAGCUUCCCGUUCUAACAGAGUAACGUGGGUAGCAAGCGAAGGGCUGACUAAUUACUUUAGGCGUUUAAUUCAAGAUGAAAAAAGCAAGGAAUUACAGAGCUGUCACUCUUAUCAAGACUUCUCAAGCAUCCCAGAAAAUGAAUUGUACAAUCGUCAGGACAUUAGGAAUAGGAAAUUAUCAUAUCAAAGAGCAGUGUCCGGGGAUGAUCCAGAACUGAUGAGAUAUCACGACUCAAGUUGGAGGAGGAGGAAUCAGAUACAAGAGAACGAGGCUCAUAAUGAAUUGUCUAACAUUUUGGCGGAGUUCAACCGUGACGGGGUGCCAGUACUGCAAGGGUUUGACAUCGCUGACAUCCCCGAAGAGGCUUUCGCUUACCUCCAAUGGGCUUCAAAACAAAAAGCCAUAGAGGAGUUUUAUGAUUGGAAAUUGUUGUCGCCUGAGGAGGGGUCGCGGCAGGCGGUCAUCAGAGAGCUUAUUUUUACGGAAGCCGACUAUAUAAAACAUCUCAUGGCGAUUGUGGAGGUAUUUAUGGGAGCGGCGCAUGCCUUGCAAGGCAAGGGAAAACUCCUACGUAUAGAUACUUCACUGUUGUUCUCAAACAUUCCCGACGUGCUUAACGCUAGUCUUUACCUGUGGAACUAUACUUUCGUUCCUAUGAUAAAAGAUGCUCUCGGUAACUCAAGCCCCUUCAACAUCGAUUUGAUGAGGGAUGGCUUCGCGCUCUUUAAGGACAUUAUGAUUCCAUACGAGAAGUAUUUGAUAGAUCAGAACAAGCUCCUCGAAUAUAACCGUCAAAAUCAAAAGGAUAGCGAAUACGCCAUUUAUCUAGCGUGGUGUCACAGCCGUAGAGAAUGCAAUAGACUGCAACUUAAUGAUUUCCUUGUCAAGCCAAUGCAACGUCUAACCAAAUACGGUUUGCUCUUGAACCGUAUAAUUCAUUACACCCAUAAUGAAACCGAAGAAAAGUCACUCAAGGCUAUGGAACAAACCACUUCCAAUGCCGUUACUGAAAUCAACCGUUCCGUUCGUCAAAACGAAGAAAUCGAAAAGGUUAUAUCCUUACAAAAAACCCUUGAAAAUCUUGAUUGCGAGAUCAAAGAUGAAGAAGUUGAGAAGCUUUACAAUGCUUAUGGUAAAUUGAAUCUAUCGGCCCCCAUGCUCUACUGCCUCCCAGCCCACCGACGCACGCUCACCCACCAGGCCGACCUUCGCUUCCGUGACUCUGCCAAGGAGAUUGACUGCCGCGUUUUCUUGCUGACUGAUAUGCUGAUAGUAUGUAGAAGGCUAUCUAGAGGCUAUCAGUUUAAACUUUAUAGGCCUCGUUACAUGAUAGAUAAGAUAGUCCAGAUCAGCAAAUCUGUGAGCAAGAGUAGUGACGCUACGAGUCUCGUAUUCCUGGUUUUGGAUGACCACGGAACCUCGUGUUCGAGCUUCAUGCUCUCCGUGAUGCCUAAGGAUCCAAAUCCGCAGCAGACUUUAAAAACCAUGGAGAAUAAAGUGAAGGAGGCCAAGUAUACUUACGAAAUUGCUCUCUGGAUGUCCCGGAAUCCCACUCGAGAUAUCAGCGAAAUGGAUUUAGAUCUCAAGGCGGAAUACGCGCAUUAUAAAAAACCGAGCAACGCCUCUGAAGAAAGUCACAUAGAGCAAGAGGCGCGUGAAAGCGUCCUCUGCAUGUUACACAGGGGCAUGGGGGCGAAUCAAGAUUCAAAUGCCAUGACAUCUUCGUAUUACAAUUAUGAUACUAUAGUUAUGGGUGUCAGCGCCCGGCCACCCGGCCGAAACUACGUGCCACAUCUGGUUCAUCGAACAAUAGCUAGCUCUUUACCAUACCAACAAAGGCUACAGAUACCGCAACACACCAGCACUAUGUCACUACAAGAGCCGGGCACGAGCGGCUUGCAAGUUCAACGUUCAAAUACUUCUAUGGAGUACCUCCAGCCACCGCCGCUCUCCUCCGGCGGAUCAGCAGUCACUGUAAGAGUGAUAAGCGAAAGCGAAUCAGAGACGAUGACACCACAGCGUAUUUCGCUGCAGCCUUCUCCUACACCAUCGAGAAGUUCGAUGCAAAGUUCUAGUACGCAUACAUUGCGAGUCCAAGAACCAGAAACGAAUGUGACCACUCUUAUACAUAGCCUUCCCGAUUUAACGAUAGAACCAUCCACUCCUCGGACUACAUCAAGUCCCACACACCCUAUACACAUAUCAGCAUCAGUCAAACUGUACAGAUCCCACCAACAGUUAUUAAGCCAACGCCAAAAAACACAAGGACAAUAUUUGACACCUGACCAAAGAGGAGCCAGCUAUCCUCCACCAAGUCCCACGAGAGGUUCACUUAAGCGUGGUCUUGCGUUCUCGUAUUCGUUCAAACAUCCGCCCCUCUAUAAAAUGGGUCACGUAGCGAGUCAAUCGACAACUCAAUUCGAACCUGUCGCAUCAACAAGUCAACAGGUUGAGAGAACAGAAAGUCCGAGACCUUGUUCGAGCUUAGAAAAAACCGAGAAGAAAUCAAAGCUGACCAGCAGCAGUUCCUUCUUCGGAUCUGGUGGAUGGGCAACGAAACGGGAUGGAUGACAAAGAAGAGGCUGGCGCUUCAUGAGGCGGAAGCGUCGGGACAUAAGCCAAGACAGAUACUCCGAGCCUUGCACCAGUCAUCGAGAUGAGAGCCCCGACCCCUUCCGCCGAGAGGAAAGCCCCAGCCCAAGCUACAGAGAUGAAAGCCCUGGAACUAGUUAUAGGGAUGAAAGCACUGAUCUCAGUGGUAUUGACAGAAGUUCUAGCCUUAGCCAUAAAGAUGAAAGUCCUGGUACUAGCUACAGAGGAGAGAGCCCUGCCUAUAGAGAUUAUCGGCGAAGCUCCAGUGGAAGAGAUAAGAGCUCUGAGCGAAGCCAUGAAGAAAGUCCAGAUCCAAGAAGUGUAGAAUUAAGUCCCUCUUCUAGUUACAGAGAAAAAAGUCCCGAACGAUAUAGAGAUAGUAGCGGUUCUGAUCGGCAUAAAGACAUGAGUUCGAGCCCUAGUCGAGGAAGCGUUAGCCCUGACCCUGCGCAAAGAAAAAAGAGCUUCAGUAGCAAAGCUGUAAGCCUUAGCCCAAUCGCAAGUACUGAUGAAAUUCCUGGACUCAGCAUUGGUGACAGCUCUCGAACUAGUCUCAAAGAAGAUGACUCGCAAAAGAGUCCGGAUUAUCGUCAAAAAGAUAAAAGUCCCAGCGCACGCAUUACAGAUGAAAGCUGGAGCGGUAGUACAGAAAGAUUAGAAAUAAGAAAACCAGCACUUCGACCUACUCGAGAACAGACACCGGGUCCAAGCCGAAGAAUCAGAAGUCUUAGCCCCGUGGUUAUAUGCGAUAUUCCAAUAUUUUAUCAAGGAGAAUCGAGCUCCAAUAUUAUCCAACCUACACCUCUAAAAAGGGGGUUAGAAGAACCUAGUGCCAGUACUAGUAAGCCUAGUCCAAGGGUUAAAAGAAAAAGUUUCUUUCGACGUAGCAAAAAGAAGGAGAAGGGAACUUCCAGAUCCAUCCUAGAAAGUUGUAUCUCGGGACAGAAAUCUGAUUCUGAAUCUGAAUACAGCAGCAAAGAACCAAGUCCAUCCACAAGUGCAAUAAGCAAAACAUCUGAAAAUGGGAAGCGCAGGUGGUUUAGAAGACAUUAAUUAUAGAAAAACUUGAUGUACCAGUGAUGACCAGUUCAAUACUUUAUUGACUAGUAACAAAAUAUGACACCAAAAUAACAAAAACAGACACUGCUGAAAAAAGAACAUCGCUUGCUUUGAACCAGACAUUAUGUAAAUAAAAAUUUAUCUCAUUAAAAGAUCACUAAUAUAUUUUAUAUAUAAAAAUGCAUAAGCAUCUUGGCUGUAAAGUAGUGUAGGUGUUGUAUUAAAUACGAUUGCUGUUAUUCUGUCUAACUUAAUUAUCAUAGAUUUAUAUAAGUAUCAAACCCUAUUUAAAUAAAGACAUUUUUGUAAUGUUUAAUGUACAUAUUUAUAUUUAUAAUAAACAUAAUCCUGUAUUAAUUAAUAAGUUUCCCACGAACAUGAUGUAAUCAGACUAUAUAACAUUGUAUCCCAUAAUUAAGAAAAUAAUGAGAUUUAUAAAAUACAUAACAUAUAAACUAA